GAUGUAUAAGUCUCUGGAGUUGGUGUCAUUUGAGGAUGUGGCUGUGGACUUCACCUGGGAGGAGUGGCAGGAAUUGAAUGAUGCUCAGAGGACUUUGUACAGGGAUGUGAUGCUGGAGACCUACAGCAGCCUGGUGUCUUUGGGGCACUGCAUUAGUAAACCUGAGGUGAUCCUCAAGUUGGAGAAAGGAGCAGAGCCAUGGAUGAUAGAAGAAAACCCAAACCAGAGCCUCCCAGAUGUCCUGAUAGUCAGUGACUUAAUUGAGAGAAGCAAAGAAAGUCAAGGUAGAUACUUGUGGCAAGGUGUAAUCAUCAAUGGCAACCAAUCAUCUGAGGAGAGAAUGGAGUUAGGAAAAUCACUUAAUUUGAGUCCAAAGCAUAUUUUAAGUCUGGUUAUAAAUAAUGGAAACUAUUCAGGAGUGGGGCAUGAGGAGUUUAACAUAUGUCAGAAUGCACUUCUCCCAGAGACUGAUACCAUGCAUGCUGGAGAGAAACCUGAUGAGUGUAAUAUAUCCGAGAAAUUAGAGAGACAUCAUGAGCAUCUUAGUCAACAUCCCAAGAUUCCAACUGGGCAACUUUUUGAAUAUAGUGGAAAAGGAAGAUCCUCCAACACAGUGCCAAUAAUAUUUACAUGUAAGAAGGUUCAUAUGGGUGAGACCACCUGUAAAUAUUGUGAAUAUGGGAAAGCCUGUAAUAAGUCAGCUGUCAUUGCCCAAGAGAUAACUCAGGUAGAGAAGAUAACUUUUCAAUGUGAUGUAUGUGAGAAAAUGUUCUAUAAAAAGGCUAAACUUACUCAACACCAGAUUAUACACACAGGAGAGAAAUAUGAUAAAUACAGUGAAUGUCAGACAUCUUUUAUUAAGAAAUCAUACCUUAUCUCAUAUCAGGGAACAUCUACAGGGAAGCAGUUUUAUCCAUGUAAUGAACAGGAGAAAUUUUUAUAUCAAAAGUCAGACUUUACUGUGCAUCACAGAAUUCCCAUAGAGGAAAUGUCCUAUGGAUUUAUUAAGUGUGCCAAAAACUUUCAUGAGAAUUCACUUCUCAGCUGUCAUCAGACAAUUCACACAAGUGGAAAAUCUUGUGAAUGUAAUGGAUGUAAAAAAUCUUUCUACCAUAAUUCUACCCUUACUAUAUGUCAAAGAGUUGAUGUGAGCAAGAAUCCAUAUGAAUGUGAAGAAAGUCAGAUUUUCUCCAAUAAGUCUAAAGUCAAGAAACUUGAGAGAAUUCACAUUGUUGAGAAACCCAUUGACUAUAACACAUGUGGAAAGCAGAGAAUUCACACAGGUGAGAAACCAUAUAAAUGUAGAGAAUGUGGGAAAGCUUUUAACCGAAAGUGUGCUCUCAGCAGGCAUCAGAGAAUUCACACAGGUGAGAAACCAUAUGAAUGUAGAGAAUGUGGGAAAGCUUUUAACCGAAAGUGGGCCCUCAGCAGGCAUCAGAGAAUUCACACAGGUGAGAAACCAUAUGAAUGUAAAGAAUGUGGGAAGGUUUUUAAACAAAAGGCAUCUUUCAGCUUGCAUCAGAGAAUUCACACAGGUGAGAAACCAUAUGAAUGUGAAGAAUGUGGAAAAGCUUUUAACCAAAAGUCACACCUCAGCAUUCAUCAGAGAACUCACACAGGUGAGAAACCAUAUGAAUGUAAAGAAUGUGGAAAAGCUUUUAACCAAAAGUCACACCUCAGCAUUCAUCAGAGAAAUCACACAGGUGAGAAACCAUAUGAAUGUGAAGAUUGUGGAGAAGCUUUUAACCAAAAGUCAACCCUCAAUGUGCAUCAGAGAAUUCACACAGGUGAGAAACCAUAUGAAUGUAAAGAAUGUGGAAAAGCUUUUAAACAAAAGGCAUCUUUCAUCUUGCAUCAGAGAAUUCACACUGGUGAGAAACCAUAUGAAUGUGUAGAAUGUGGAAAAGCUUUUUACCAAAAGUCAACCCUCAGUAGGCAUCAGAGAAUUCACACAGGUGAGAAAUCACAUGAAUGUCAAAAAUGUGGAAAAGCUUUUACCCAAAAGUCACACCUCAGCAUGCAUCAAAGAAUUCACACAGGUGAGAAACUUUAUGAACGUAAAGAAUGUGGAGAAACUUUUAACCAAAAGUCAACUCUCAAUAUGCAUCAGAGAAUUCACACAGGUGAGAAACCAUUUGAAUGUAAAGAAUGUGGAAAAGCUUUUAGCAAAAAGUCAGCCUUCAAUGUGCAUCAGAGAAUUCACACCGGUGGGAAACCAUAUGAAUGUAAAGAAUGUGGGAAAGCUUUUAACCAAAAGUCAACCCUCAAUGUGCAUCAGAGAAUUCACACAGGUGAUAACCAUAUGAAUGUGAAGAAUGUGGAAAAGCUUUUAAUCAAAAAUCACACCUCAGCAUUCAUCACAGAAUUCACACAGGUGAGAAACCAUAUGAAUGUGAAGAAUGUGGAAAAGCUUUUCACCAGAAGUCUCACCUCAGCGUACAUCAGAGAAAUCACACAGGUGAGAAACCAUAUGAAUGCGAAGACUGUGGAGAAGCUUUUACAAAAGUCAACCCUCAGUGUGCAUCAGAGAAUUCACACAGGUGAGAAACCAUAUGAAUGCAAAGAAUGUGGAAAAGCUUUUAAACAAAAGGCAUCUUUCAUCUUGCAUCAGAGAAUUCACACAGGUGAGAAACCAUAUAAAUGUGAAGAAUGUGGAAAAGCUUUUUACCAAAAGUCAACCCUCAGCAGGCAUCAGAGAAUUCACACAGGUGAGAAACUGUAUGAAUGUAAAGAAUGUGGAGAAACUUUUAACCAAAAGUCAGUCCUCAAUAUGCACCAGAGAAUUCACACAGGUGAGAAAUCAUAUGAAUGUAAAGAAUGUGGAAAAGCUUUUUACCAAAAGUCAGCCCUCAGCAGGCAUCAGAGAAUUCACACAGGUGAGAAACCAUUUGAAUGUAAAGAAUGUGGAAAUGCUUUUAACCGAAAGUCACACCUCAGCAGGCAUCAGACAGUUCACACAAGUGAGAAGCCCUGUGAAUGUAAUGAAAUGAGGAAAAAGUUUUUUUAUAGAGUCAUAGCUUAG